AUGACCACUUGUUUUGAACAUCUUUGCAAUGAACUAUUGCUCGAAAUCUUCAAUUAUAUAAAUCCUCGACAUUUAUAUUAUACUUUUUGGAAUAUUAAUUCGCGUUUAAACAAUCUUAUCAUUUCAGUCAACUCGCUUCAACUUAUUAUUAACGAAGAAGAAAACAGUGAAUUAAUUACUAAACUAGCUCCUCAUAUUGGUCUUUUACAAGUUAACACAUGGGAUGAAAUUGAUUUGAAUGGAUUUUGUAAUUUAUAUUCAUUAACAUUGGCUCGACCGUCUCCAAUACAAUUAAAACAAAUUCGAGCUGAGAUCAUGCCAAAUUUAAUCUAUCUUUCGUUAUAUUCAAAUGUAAAUUUCUUUCCACCUAAACAACUUAUUGAUGAUGCAUUUUCAAAUCGUUUUUCUCAGCUUCGUUGUGCUAGAUUAGGUUAUAUUGAUUCUUUCGAUCUUGCUCACUGGUUUCAAUCAUUGUCUCUUCGCUAUCUUCAUAUUGGUUGUUAUAAUACAACUAUGAUCCCAUUUGUUCUAGCGGCAUGCCCAAAUCUUAAACAACUUCAUGUCGAUUUUUUGCGUCAUAGUGACAAAAUCAUGGAUUCAUCAGUAAUGAUUAAUAACCAUCCUCUUCAACAAUUAAUCUUACAAGAUUAUUGUUGUUUGGUGUCGGUUCAAGAUAUCAGAACUCUCAUUAGUUAUAUUCCAAAUACAAGCAAGAUCAACAUGAACUUCUAUUGUAAUGUUUCAUUUAUUUCUCUAGUUCAAUUUCUUUCAAAUAGUCUUAGUCAUUUACGACGAUUUGAUUGUUUUAUAACAGAGUGUCCAAUCGAUUCGGCGACGAGUUUGGCAACUAUUCAACAAGUUCAUCCAUGUUUAAAUCGCAUUACAUGUCCAAUACAAAAAGCAAAUUUUCGUGUAUUCAGCACAAAAUGA